GAUCGAAUGUGACUGAAUACUGCAGGCUCUUGGACUCUUAUUCUGUAAAAUCCACAUCAGAGCAGCUCAGGAAAAGACCGGAGGGAACAGCUUCUGCUGUACUGAGAAAGAUGCUGGAGAACUCUUCAGUCCUUUUGUUCAUUGUAUUCGUGCUGCUUUUCCUUCUGCUGCUCUUUGUUGUACUCAUCAGGACAAACGGCACUGCUGCCCUUAUCUGGAAUGAAAUCCUGGAGAAAGUAACCAAUUUCAUCAUGAAUCAGAGCAAAGAACAGAGGAUUUUAAAUUUUGUGCUGCAGAAUGCAGUCCGAGGGGAUCCCUGUAGUGUUGUGGAUACUAUAGAUAAGUACUGCUCCCAGAAAGAGUGGGCCAUGAAUGUGGGCAAUGAAAAAGGUUUAAUUCUAGACAAGAUAGUGGAGGAGAUCAAACCUUCAACUGUUCUGGAGCUGGGAACAUACUGCGGUUACUCAGCAGUUAGGAUUGCUCGGCUGUUGAAGGCUGGUGUUUGUUUCUUCACUGUGGAAUUCAACCCAGAAUUUGCUGCUAUAGCUAGACAGGUGAUCGAGUUUGCUGGAGUACAAGAUAAGGUAAACAUCCUUGAAGGUCCUUCAGAGGAAAUUAUCCCUCAGCUGAAGAAAAAAUAUGAAGUGGAUACUUUGGAUUUUGUCUUUCUUGAUCACUGGAAAGACAGAUAUUCACCAGACACCAUUCUGCUUCAGGAAUGCAACUUGCUGAGAAAGGGCUCAGUUCUUCUGGCUGACAAUGUCAUCUGCCCAGGAGCUCCAGAAUUCCUUAACUAUGUCCGCAACAGUCCUCAUUUUCAAUGCAGUAACUACCCCGCUCAUCUGGAAUACAUGGGAGUGCAGGAUGCUAUGGAAAAGGCUGUGUUUUCAGGAUGAAGAGAGUCAUUAAUACUCAACUUCUGUUUCAAAUUAUGUAAAUGCAGCUGCACAGAUUAACCUGUCCAUGCUUUAAAUUUUGCUUUUUGUAUUUUGGAGCUUUUAAUUAAAGCACGCUCUAAUUGAGGUCAUUUUAGGCCAAAUGGAAAUCAA